GCUUCAGUAGUGCCGAGCUCUCUUCAUCUGACACAGAUGAACAAACAAUACAUCAACCAGAAACUAGCUCUGUUGAGGAAUUGCCUGUUAAUGAACCUAUGAAAGCCCAGAUUGAACCACCUGAAGAAGGUUUCACUUCAACAUACCGUGACAAGUUGUACUACUACCAAUCCUUUAUGGUUAAGGAUCCAGGAUUUACAUCGAGCAACAGUGGUGAUGUGUGUGAUGCAGAUGAUAAUGAAAGCUGUUCCGAGAGUGCAGCUGACACAGAAUCAUUGCCUGCCUUGCAGCAGUCAGGUCAGGAAACUGUCAACAUAACAGAAGCUGCUGGAAACUCUACAACAAACCAAACUCGCAUUACCUGUAUUCCAGCAGAAAUAUCGGACGGUUAUGAACCAAGUGUUCGCAUCGUGAACGGCUCAGAGCUUCUGGAUUCACUCAAGUUCGGCAAUGAUAGUAAAUACGGAAAUUGCUUGCUGGUUUUUUUCUACACUCCCUGGUGCCCUUUCUCUGCGAAGGUUGCUCCCCAUUACAAUGCACUAGCGAAAGCCUUUCCAACAUUGCAGAUCGUUGCCAUUGAUGCUCUGAAGUUUAACAGUAUCAACACACGCCUAGGAACUUUCGCAGUGCCAAACAUAGUGCUAUUUCACAGUGGACGGCCGGUUCUGAGGUUUAACCAAUCAGAGCGCAACCUUGACACUCUGAAACUCUUUGUGUACCAAGCAACUGGAUUACAGGCCAAUGCCUAUGUGGUAGUAACUGAGGAAGACUAUUGGGGACCUUUACCAAGUGAACCUGAGCAAAGAACUGACUACAUGCUGUGGCUGGCCUGGAGCUUUAUAAUAUUUUGUGUGGUUUGGUUUGGAUUUCAAUCCACUACCGGUGAGCGGGUUAUCACGCAGCUACAUCGGCAUCUACGGACCUUAGUUCACAGGCAUCAAGCAUAGCCUGCAACAUUGCACACGUGUGGUUGCGUGUGUGAAUUCUGUUGGUAUAUCACUAUUGGGAAGAUCAAUCGUAAGCUCACUGGUAGGCAGAGGUGUGCGUAUUUCACUAAAAUGUACUUGUUUCUGUACAGCUUAUUAUAAUGUAGAAACAGGUUUGUAAAUUGUGAUAGUGAAAGGAAUUAAUUAAAUAACAAUCGUUUGUUCAAAUAAG